AUGUUAUCUCUUUGUGCUUCACUAAAACAAUCCUUAUCACAGACCAAUCCGGCCCGACUUUUACUUCAAAGCUCGUUCACCGCUAAAUCCUCCACCAAUUCUCUCCUCAAAUCCAUCUUUUCAUCUCCAUGCAUCAAAUAUCCAUUAUCAAGCUCUCCCCUCAUUGCCAACAACAGAUUCGCAAAUUAUGCAACAUUAAAUCAAGUGAUACGCAAGUGUCGAAAGACCAAGCGUAAACCAGCAAGAUCGCCUGCAAUGGAAGGCAAUUGUCAGAAAAAAGGAGUGUGUAACAAAGUAUACACAACAAAACCAAAGAAACCUAAUUCUGCUGUGAGAAAAGUAGCGCGAGUCAAACUAUCUACGGGAAAAGUUAUUAUUGCGUAUAUUCCAGGCGAGGGACAUAAUCUGAGUGAACAUUCCGUCGUGUUGGUGCGUGGAGGUCGUGUAAAAGAUCUUCCGGGUGUCAGGUAUCAUCUGGUCAGAGGAUCCAUGGAUUUUCAAGGUGUACCCAACAGAAUGACUUCGAGAUCGAAAUACGGAACAAAGAAACCCAAAAGCACUAGCAAAUAA